AUGGUUGGCAUUGAAACGGCCUUGAAGCUGGACGAUCUAAACUGUAAGCCACAAAUUGAAUACGAAAAUUGUCCGGUUUGUGGGGACCGUGUCUCCGGGUACCAUUAUGGAUUACUAACAUGUGAAUCAUGCAAGGGAUUCUUCAAGCGUACGGUGCAAAACAAAAAAUCAUAUCAGUGUUCGGCAGAUCAGAAUUGUGCGGUUGACAAAUCUUGUCGAAAGCGAUGUCCGCAUUGUCGAUUUCAAAAAUGUAUACAGCGUGGGAUGAAGGUUGAAGGUUAG